GAGACCUCCGCCCUCUACUCCUCUGCCUUCCCAGCCUCCUCAGCGCGCGCUAUAACCUACCUGCAGCUGCGUCGCACGGCUGUCGAGCGUGCGCACUCACUGUGCCAUGGCCACGGAACCAUCUGUUACGGAAAACACUCGUCUUCAAAUGGAUUAUGAGACGAAGAUUUUCCCUCAUACCGGCGGCUAUGGACGCUACAACCGAAUCGUGGUCGUGUUCAGCUGGUUCCCCAACUUCGCGGUCAUGCUGAAUCUAUUUAGCGACGUUUUUUACACUUCAAUCCCGGACUCGUACCACUGCAAACCCGACCCACAGCUUCUGCCCUCAACUUUCCUCCUCAGCAACUUCACCAGACAGGGAUACCUCAACCUUACCAUCCCCUGGGUGAACGGCUCUGGUCUCAGCCACUGUGAACUUUUUAAGUACCCAGCCAACACAUCGGACUUUUCUGAAAAGGUGCCAAGGGAGAGGGUUUCCUGCACCAAAGGGUGGGAGUUCAUCCAUGUAGCGGGGCUCCAGAGCAACUUUGUCACUGAGUGGAACCUGGUUUGCAGUGACUACUGGAAAAUCCCUUUGCAGCAUAUCUGCUUCAUGACAGGAUGGAUUCUGGGAUACAUCUUCCUUGGUACAUUGUGUGACUGGUUGGGUCGUCGGCGCUGUUUCGUCCUCUCCAUCAGUCUGUCCAGUCUAUUAGGGGUGGCCGUGUGUUUGUCCAACAGUGCGGUGGUGUUUCUGCUGCUGCGCCUCUCUCAGGGCUCCAUGCUCGCUGGGGUAUUUGUAUCCUCGUACAUUGCUCGUGAGUAUCCUGCACGCGCAUUUAAGCAUUGUCCCACUUAUCCAACGGUUAUGUUUCCUGCAGCCUUAUUCAGUAAGUGACUUCUCUGGUAGAUUUUAAAAAUAACAACCUCCGCUUCCUCACGCACAGCGACUCACUUCUGUUGUUUAUUUUAGAGAACACUUUUGGAUCCUGCAUUUUGUUGGCUGGC